AUGCAUUGGCGGCAGUGCGUCGUUGUCCCGGGCGCGCAACAGCUGACAGGAGGCGCAGUUCCCCUUCCCCUCCGCUCCCCACGUCUCUCCCCCCGCCUUGCCGCGCUCCUCUCGCUCCCGCGCGCAGCCGCGAGCUGGUGCGUGCGCCUCGCCCCUCACACCACCUCUAAUCCAUUAUUUACGGACGGCCGACCGGUUUCAGCCGCGUUCUCGGCCUGCCGCUUCACGAUCGUUCAAAUUUAA